CUCGCUCCCUCCACACUCCUCCGCCUCUUCCGACCCUCUCCAUCCGUUCUCCCCGGCAGACGGAGCAGACCUCCGGGAGGGAAGCGUGGAUUUUUUUUUUGGGAAGCCUUCUUUUGCAUCUGUGUGAAUGUGAAUCAGCUGCACGGGGCAGGAGGGAUGGAGACUCUGCCUUCAUAGUUACUGCAACUUAUUUCUCAUCCCGAAAAGAAGGAACUAACUGCGUGUGUGUGUGUGUGUUUGUGCGUGUGUGGGGAUUCUUGUUUAGGAUUUUUCUUCUUCUUUCGUUUUCUUUAAUUUUUUCUUUUCUUGAGGUGGGGGAUCAAGCCCGAUCAGGGAGGUUUUAUUUUGGGGGAGAGGAGAGGCUGUUUUACCCCCCCCCCCCCCCCCCCCCUCUCUAUACUCCUCCAUCACAUCAACAUCCUGCUUCACCAACCUGAGUUUCUUUUAUUUUAAUUUGCAUUGACUGUUGGAUUCGGUGAAGAGGAAGAAGAAGAGGAAGAGGAAGAAAAAGAAGAAGAAGACGCCAAACAGCAGCAGGAUUUGCUGUCGGCUGUUCGUUGCUGGGUUUUCCCUCGGGCUCAUUGGGGACUGGAGCCGGCCAGCAUGGAGCUGGGUUUGGUUGGAUCUAGGGGUGGUGUAUGGGGGGUGCUGGUGCGGUGGAGGAGGAGGAGGACAGGGGGAUUCUACCUGCUGCUGCUCUGCUGGCUGCUGGCUGCUCACACCACAGCGCACGCCUCGGACAUUUCGUCAUCUUCUUCCUCCUCCUCCUCCUCUACUCUUGGAGGUUUUGUGGACUUCACUUUCACCCAGGAGCCUCAGGACACAGUCACGGUGCGAGGGGGCGUGCUGCAGCUCGACUGCCAGGCACAGUCCGACGCAGUGGCUGGGCCUCCCAUCAUCACGUGGCGUAAGGACGACGUGCUGCUGAGCGCCGUGGUGGACGAGCGGCGGCGGCAGCUGGCCAACGGCUCGCUGCAGGUGCAGAACGUUGUCCACUCGCGGCACCACCGACCCGAUGAGGGCGACUACCAGUGCAUCGCCACACUGGAUGGACUGGGGAGCAUCGUUAGCCGGGCCGCCAGGGUCACUGUGGCUGGUCCGCUGAAGGUGAUCAUCCCCACCGAGUCCGUUUCCUCGUACCUGGGCGACACCGCCCUGCUGCGCUGUGAGGUCUCGGGCGAACCGACGCCCGUCAUCCGCUGGCAGAAAAACCGGGAGGACCUACCAAUGACCUUUGACCCCGACUCCCGCAUGGCGGUGCUGCCGUCCGGCUCGCUUCAGGUCAGCCGCGUCCAGCCGCCGGACUCGGCCACGUACCGCUGUCUGGCCGACAACCCCGGCAGCACCCGGACGGGGACGGACGCCGAGCUCAGAGUGCUCCCAGAGCCCGGGGUGAGCAGGAACCUCCAGUUCCUCCAGCGUCCCUCCAGAGUCACGGUUCUUCUGGGGACCGACGCCGUGCUGGAAUGUUCCGCCUCCGGAUACCCGACUCCAAGCAUCCAGUGGAGGAGAGGAGAGGAACUGAUCCAGAGCUGGAAUAAGAAGUACUCUCUGCUGGUGGGCAGUAAUCUGAUCAUCAGGAGUGUCACCGACGACGACUCUGGCAGUUACAGCUGUACAGCGGGCAAUAAGAACCACAACAUCACUGCACACACAGAGCUGAGUGUACUAGUUCCUCCUCAGUUCCUCAACUACCCGACAAACACGUACGCCUACGAGUCCACGGACAUCGAGCUGGAGUGUGCGGUGACGGGAAACCCGCCGCCGACUGUGCGCUGGAUGAAGAACGGCGAGGAAGUCAUCCCCAGUGACUACUUCCAGAUAGUGGACGGCAGUAACCUGCAGAUUUUGGGUUUGGUGAAGUCGGACGAGGGAUUUUAUCAGUGCGUCGCCGAAAACUCAGCAGGCAGCUCGCAGGCCAUGGCUCAGCUGCUGCUCCGGGAGCCAGUGUCCCCCAGCCCGGGCGUUGCCCUCCCCUCUGCCCCCCGCGACCUGGUCCCUGUCCUAGUGUCCAGCCGAUUUGUCCGACUCAGCUGGCGCCCCCCGGAGGAGACCGGAGGAGCCGUGCAGACCUAUGGCAUUUACUACUCCCAGGACGGAGUUGAGAGGGAGCGGUCAGUGAACGUGUCGGAGCCGGAGUCUCUGGAGCUGACCGUCUCCAACCUGAAACCAGAGGAGAGCUACAGCUUCAGAGUCAUCGCUUACAACGACGUGGGGCCGGGAGAGAGCUCCGCCCCCCUGAGGAUCACCACCAAACCGGACCUCCAGGUUCCCAGCAGGGUGGAGUCUGUCCAGGCUGAGGCUCUGUCCCCCACAUCGGUCCAGGUGAGCUGGGAUCCCCCCAGCCAACCAAACGGCCCCAUCCUGGGAUACCGACUGCUGUGGACUGAGAGCCCAUCGGGCAAGGAACAGAGCGUGGAGGUCAACGGACUCAACUACAAGAUGGAGGGACUCAAUAAGUUCACAGAGUACACGGUUCGAGUUCUGGCAAUCAACCGCUACGGACCCGGCACCGCCAUAGACACUGUCAGCGUCACCACCCAAUCAGAUGUGCCCAGCGCUCCUCCCCACAACAUCACCUUAGAGGUUGUCCUGUCCAGGAGCAUCAAGGUGUCCUGGCAGCCGCCCCCGCGCAGCGCCCAGAAUGGCAUCAUCUCUGCCUACAAAAUCAAAUACAGGAAGACCGGUCGCCGUGGAGACCAAGAGGCCAUCGAACCCAACAACUUCUGGUACCUGUUCACAGGUCUAGAGAAGGGCAGUCAGUACAGUUUUCAAGUGUCAGCCAUGACAGCCAAUGGAACCGGUCCGGCCAGUGACUGGUACACCGCUGAGACACCAGAGAACGACCUGGAUGAGAGUCAGGUCCCCGACCAGCCCAGCUCGCUGCACGUCAGGCCGCUGCCCAACAGCAUCAUCAUGUCCUGGACUCCGCCCCUCAGCCCGAACAUCCUGGUCCGGGGUUACAUCAUCGGCUACGGAGUGGGGAGUCCCUACGCCGAGACGGUGCGAGUGGACAGCAAACAGAGAUACUACUCCAUCGAAAACCUCGAGCCGAGCUCUCACUAUGUGAUUUCCCUGAAGGCGUUCAAUAAUGCCGGCGAGGGAGUCCCGCUGUAUGAGAGCGCUGUCACUCGAUCUCUGACAGACCCCAUUGACCCAUCUGAGGAUGACCUCUUCCACCUCUUUGAUAAAUACCCCACUCCCAUGCCAGACACCAGCGCUCCCAUGAUCCCCCCGGUGGGGGUUCAAGCCGUGGCUCUGUCCUCGGACUCGGUACGCGUCUCCUGGGCCGACAACUCCAUGACCAAGAACCAGAAGGCGUCUGAAGUCCGGUACUACUCCGUCAAGUGGAAGACCAGCUACUCCACCAGUGGAAAGUACAAGUCCGCAGACACCACGGCGCUCAGCCACACUGUCGGCGGCCUCAAACCAAACACCAUGUACGAGUUCGCUGUCAUGGUUACCAAGGGUCGCAAGUCCAGCACCUGGAGUAUGACGGCGCACGCCACGACGUAUGAAGCAGCUCCUAGCUCCGCCCCCAAAGAUUUGACCGUGAUCAGUCGCGAGGGACGACCCCGCGCCAUUUUAAUCAGCUGGCAGCCGCCGAUGGAGGCUAACGGACGAAUCACAGGUCGAGGGGGAGACCACUCCUACUGGCCGUCUGACACCAACCUGAUCGACAGGAGCAGCAUCAACGAGUCUCCCAUUGGUCAGAUGCGCCCGCCCCACGGCAGCGCCACGCCUCAGAAGAAUAGUAACCUGCUGGUCAUCAUCGUGGUUUCCGUGGGAGCCGUCACCGUGGUGGUGGCCAUCAUCGUGGCGCUGAUCUGCACGCGGCGCUCCUCGGCCCAGCAGAGGAAGAAGCGGGCGAGCCACAGCGCCAGUAAGAGGAAGGGCAGCCAGAAGGACCUGCGCCCGCCGGACCUGUGGAUCCAUCACGAGGAGAUGGAGAUGAAGAACAUGGAGAAAGCUCCCAGCGUUGCCCCGUCCGGACGCAAUUCGCCCACCCAGUCCUGCCAAGACCUCCCCCAGGUCGCACACAGCCAAUCAGAGAGCCAGAUGGGCAGCAAGAGCAGCCACUCAGGGGCGGAUGGUGACGAGGCGUCCAGCAGUAUCUCCACUCUGGAGCGCUCCCUGGCUGCCAGGAGGGGGACACGGGGGAAAAUGAUGAUUCCUAUGGACUCGCAGCCGAGCAACACACCGGUGGUCAGUGCCAUCCCGGUGCCAGCUCUGGACUCCUCCCAGUAUCCGGGGAUCCUGCCUUCCCCUUCCUGCGGCUUCACUCACAACAAGUUCAGCCUGAGACCGAUGCCUUUCCCAAGCCUGACCGUGGACAGAGGAUACACUCCAGUGAUGCCUUCAGACACCCCCACCAAUCCUCUCCUCCAGCAGCAGCCUCUGCCCCAGACGGCUCCUCCGCUCCUCCCCGGCUCCUCUGCACUGCCCGGGGAGCAUAUCCUGGGUGUGGGCUCAAUCCCAGGGGCCCCUGCUGCUGCCUCUGCGGAGGAGUCCCAGGCCGCGAGCACUCGGACCAUCCCAACGGCCUGUGUGCGGCCCACGCACCCGCUACGGAGCUUCACCAACCCACUGCUGCCUCCGCCCAUGGGCACCAUCGACCCCAAGGUGUACACCUCCAUGUUGCCGCAGUCCAGUGCGAGCCUUCCCAAGCCCCAGGUGAAGACGGCGUCUCUGGGUCAGGCCGGUAAGGCUCGCUCCCCUCUCCUGCCCGUCUCAGUCCCUACAGCGCCGGACCUACUGGAGGACGGAGGAACAAAACCUGCAGAGGACACAGCUGCCAACGUUUAUGAGCAGGACGACCUUUCGGAGCAGAUGGCCAGUCUAGAAGGCCUGAUGAAGCAGCUCAACGCCAUUACCGGCUCCGCCUUCUAACCCCUGGCACCGGCCCAGCCCUCAGCCUUGGUCCAGUCUGGAAACCUUCUUCAAGCCUGCUGUCCGUAUGCUAGGGGCGGCCACUGGUCAAUCUGAGUUUGAAGACGCGUCUUUGGAAUCAGACCUACAUCUGUGCUGGGUUGAGUUUCUUUGGUUUCUACUGGUCUCAGGUAGUGUCCACUAUUUGGGACCGGGAUAGGAUAGAAAGGAAU